CCAUAACUAGCAGUUAGAGCGGUUCUAAGUAUGUUUUGUUAGAAAUAAUAGUUAAUUCAUUAUAGUGGUUUUUAUGAUUGACGACGAUAUGGAUGAUUACGCGAGAAGCAUGGGCAUUCGAUUUGUGGAUGGAUUUACUGUCAAAGAAGCAUUAGAUAUGAUUUUUGAAGUUGAGGAAAGAAAUGAAAACGACGACAACCCAAUAAGAGCAGUGUUUAUAUCUCCACCUGAGGCAACUGUUCUUACGGAUGAAGAUUCUGGAGAUGAAGUUGAGUGUGAAGCUGAUAAUUUGAAUGCGAGACUAUUAUUAUCAGAAGCAGAGGUUGUAAGAGCACAUCGAAUAGAAGAAGAAUUUGUUUGGGAGGAAAAUAAAAAAAGAACAUGGAUCGAAGGGGAAUUUGAAACUACAGUGGAAGAUAAUUUUCCAAGCCAGGUUCAUGAUUUUACAAACAAAUCUUCUUCAGAUAUUUUCGAAUUAUUUUUCAAUGAAGAAAUUAUUAAUUUUUUAACGAGUUCUUCAAACGAAUACGCGCAAUUUAUAAAUUAUGGAAAUCCUGCAAUAACUUCAGAAGAAAUUAAAGUUUUCGUGGCAAUAUUGAUUCUCAGCGGAUAUAAUAAAUUGCCAGGAAAGAGAUUUUAUUGGGAUAAAACUAACGGCAUGGGCAAUGAGCUAGUAACAAAUAGUAUGCGAAGAAAUCGAUUUGAACAAAUUUUACGAUUUUUUCAUUGCUGUGAUAACUCCAAUCCAAAUUUAAACGAUAAAAUGUGGAAAUUGCGACCCUUGGUGAAUAUGGUAAAAAAAACAUUCACAAACACUAUAUUCCUGAAAAAAAUUUGUCAUUUGAUGAAUGUAUGGUGAAAUAUUUCGGCAAACAUGGAUGCAAGCAAUACGUUCAUGGAAAACCGAUUAGGUUUGGUUACAACGUAUGGUGUUUGAACACUGUAGAUGGAUAUCUUGUGGACUUCGAAAUUUAUCAAGGAAAAAGCAUAUCUUCGAACGAAAGAUACGAAAAAUGCUUUGGGAAAGCUGCUGCUCCGUUACUCACGAUGCUGGAUUCUUUACCCAAGGACAAGCAGUUAUUGCCCUAUCAUUUAUAUUUUGAUAAUUUAUUCACCAGCCUGAAUUUAUUACGUUAUUUGAAAGAAAGAGGAUACCACGCAACGGGAACAAUACGAGAGAAUAGAAUUCCUAAAAAUAAUAUUCUACCUUCAAAUAAAGAAUUCAAAAAAAAUGAUAGAGGAGUUUAUCAGAGUGCAAUUUGCAAAGAAGAUGCAGUAAUUGUUGUAAAAUGGGCAGACAAUUCUAUUGUCUCAAUUGCUUCGAAUUGCUAUGGCGUUGAGCCACUUUCCACUGUCAAACGAUACUCUCGAGUACAUAAAAAAACUGUCCAAGUGUCACGACCUUAUGUAUUGAGAGAAUAUAAUAAAUACAUGGGUGGAACAGAUAGAAUGGACGAAAAUGUUGCCAAAUAUCGUAUAAACAUACGUAAUAAAAAAUGGUAUUGGCCCCUUUUAACGUGGCUAAUAGAUAUCUGUAUACAUAAUGCAUGGACGCUGCAACGAAAAUUUGGAAGUACUGAAAUUCCACAACUUCAAUUUCGAAGAGAAAUUGUACUGACUUAUCUCGGCCAAUAUGGAAAAGCAGCAAAAGGUGCAGGGAGACCUUCCUCCUCGAAAAGUUCCAUCAUGCAAAGGGUAUCCGAAGCAGUAAGAUCAGAUGGGAGAGAUCAUUUUGUAGCAAAAAUACCGGACAACAGAAAAUGGCGAUGUGCUGGUGGAAACUGCAAA